AUGCGAUCGACGCUGAAACCGGAACGGCGAGCUCGAUUGGAGUAUUUGGGAUUCUCCUUUACCAAUCCCAAGCAAGCACUCGAAGACAAAAACUGGAAUGAUAACUUUGAUCGGCUACGCGAACACUAUGCAGCCGCCUACAGCAACCAUGGUGGAAAUCCUGCUCUGGACAGUAAGGCCAAAAUGGAUGCCGUCUUGAAUCGAUGGGUGUCCAGACAACGACGCAACAAAAAAGAUGGAGUCUUGUCCGAAGAUCGACAACAAAAGCUGGAGUCCAUUGGGUUUCGAUGGGUUCUCGUCGAACAAAAGCGCAAAGAUUACACCAAAAAGGACUUGCAUUGGAUUCAACAGUACAACUCCUUGGCAGCAUUUCAAAAGCAGUUUGGCCACUGCAAUGUACCCCAUGGAAAGCAAACGCCUUAUUGGUCCUUGGCCAAAUGGGUGGCACGACAAAGGGAACUAUACGCACAGAAACGACUACUCGAUGACCGAAGAGAGCUCUUGGAAGCACUGGGGUUCAUCUGGAGCAUGGAGGAGAAAUCAUGGAAUGAAAAUUUCCAACGACUGUCCGCUCAUGUGCAAACCAAUCAGCACCUCGAUUUUCAUAACGAUUCCUCGUUGGGAAGAUGGUUCUAUGCCCAACGUGUACGCCACGCCAAUGGAAACCUCAGCGACGAUCGCGCUCAAUUGUUCAAGUGUCUAGGAAUCAAGUUUAGUGGCACCAGAGCAUCCUUGCGUACGGGUGACACGGAUGAUGAUGAUGACAAUGGCGACAACAACAACAACAAUAAUCAGAAACCAAAGGCCAAGCCCAGCCACAAUUCGCAGCAGCUCUUAUUCACGGUAGACUUUUGCAUGAAACCACCCAAAGGAACCAAGAUCCGCAAAAAGCGUUUCCUGGGGGGAUGGUGCACGGGAGAAGUCAUUGACACGGACCAAAAGGAUGCCAGGGACAACCGAAUCAAAGCCAAGGUGCGAUUUGAAGAUGGCGACGAAGAAUACCUUUCGGACGAAGAAUGUCGUGUCGCCGCCAUUGCCCACGCGAUUCACGCCACGCCACCAAAGUUGAAAGUAAACUCACAGCAGCAACGGAAUGCCAAGCAACAACAACAACCCGGCAUGAAACGCAAGAGAGGGCGACCACCCAAGAAUCCAACCGGAGAUGGCGCCCCUGCGGCGAAGAAACGAGCUGCGUCCAAGACCGCCGCCAAGAAAAAGGCAAAGCCAACCACGACGACGACAGGAGCUAGUGUGCCCUUGCCGGACGACAGUACGAAGCCGCAAGCUACAGUGGCAGAAACAGCGGCGGGUCAACAAAAUAAUGGCACGACAUCGGAACAGCAGCAAGCACGAAGAAGCGUGGAUCCUCCCGUCCUCUAUGUUUAG